AGAACAGAAGAGGCGGGCUUUCUAUUUUUGGUACAAAGUCUUAUCUUCUUCUUCUUCUUCUUCAUUCUUCUCACACAUUUCGAAAAAUUUCUUCACAUUCUGCAAAUAAUCUCCAAACGAAGCUCGUACAUCGCUUGAAAAUGGCGGUUUCGUUGGGUGUAUUUUCGAGUUUUCUGCCUAUCGACAAGGUUCCGUUCGUCAAAUCUUCUUCUCCGUACGCGACUGUCAGAAUCGCUCCUGCUAGCCUCCGCGUUCCCCGACCGGCUACGAUCUCCGCCGUUGCCAAGCCGGCUACGGAAACCAAGCCGCGCGAGCCGAGGGGGAUAAUGAAGCCGCGCCGUGUGUCUCCGGAAAUGCAGGACUUCAUCGGCGGCGGCGUGACUGAGAUCCCCCGCACUCAAGCACUCAAAGAGAUUUGGGCCUACAUCAAACAACACAAUCUGCAGGAUCCCAAGGACAAAAAGGUCAUUAUCUGCGACGAGAAGCUGAAGACAAUAUUCGGAGGAAGGGAUCGUGUGGGGUUCCUCGAGAUUGCCGGCUUACUCAAUCCACACUUCCUCAAGUGAAAUACAUUGAUUGCAUCUUGAAAGAAAGCAGAAAUUAGUAGUUUGUUGUAAAUGAAGUUUGUGUUGGUUAAUCAUUAUUAGUAUUUAGGAAAAAGCAGUAGUAGCAAGUACCUAGGUUUUGCUUUCCAGUUUAGAUAAUCUUGUGCAAGAGGAUCGAUCAAUCACCAUGGGUAAUUUUGCUGCAUGUUUUCAAAUCCUCUUGUAGUAAGUAGGGUUUAGCCUUUAGUUCAAUCCUUGUACCGACUCCUGAUAUUUGUCUUGUUUUUAUUUUAAUCUUUUAUUAUCUUAUGUUUUA